AUGAUCAUUUUGGUUCGCCAUGCACAAUCAGAGGGCAAUAAGAACCGCGAUAUUCAUCAAACAACCCCAGACCAUCGAGUAAAGCUCACAGCAGAAGGACUUCGACAAGCUCAGGAAGCAGGCCGUAGACUGCGAGAUCUUUUGCGCCCUGAUGAUACCCUUCAUUUCUUUACAUCUCCAUAUCGUCGAACCAGGGAAACUACAGAAGGCAUUUUGGAGUCCCUGACCUCUGACGAGCCAUCUCCCUCUCCGUUUCCCCGGAACACCAUUAAAGUGUACGAGGAGCCAAGACUACGAGAGCAAGACUUUGGUAACUUCCAACCAUGUUCAACUGAAAUGGAACGAAUGUGGAUGGAGCGAGCAGACUACGGCCAUUUCUUUUAUCGUAUACCCAAUGGCGAAUCUGCAGCAGAUGCUUAUGAUCGAGUAAGUGGAUUCAACGAGUCUCUGUGGCGGCUCUUUGGCGAAGAUGAUUUUGCCAGUGUGUGUGUUCUUGUUACGCAUGGUCUCAUGACUCGAGUCUUCCUAAUGAAGUGGUACCAUUGGAGCGUGGAGUACUUUGAAGAUCUCCGGAAUAUCAACCAUUGCGAGUUUGUGAUCAUGACCCAUAAUCCGGACAACGCAAAGUAUACAUUGCAGAAUAAACUGCGCACGUGGUCUGAUUUGCGAAAACAAAGAGACAUGGAGAAAAAGAGCGAGCUCGAAGCGCAAGGACUCAGUCCCACAGUCAUCCAACCGGCAGAGCAUGUCCCCAUUCGAAGAAAAUGGGGUGGUUGUCCCGAUGGAUGCACCCAUGGUUUAUCGGCAGAUGCUAAGAGUUCCCUCCGAUCGCGAAUCGCCGAUACUAUUCGCGGCAAUACCGACCUUCAAUCGAAUAAAUCAACCCCAUCAAAAGAUACGGAGCAGACAUUUAAAUUUCCGCAAGCUGAUACAACAAAAGAUACACAUGGUGGCAGCCCGAAUUCCGUGGGGGAUCACUCUCAAUCAAACCCGCACCCCGAAGCGGAGGCCGAGGAGGCAGAGAUAUACAGCAGGACGGGAGACGCCAGCUCAGACAAACGCUCCGAUGAUACUUCUCGUCCAAUACGUCCAGUACGACCAACUCUGCAAAGCUUUCACCGAGAUAGCGAAGACCACCUCCUCCAUCCACCAGCGGUGUCUUCAUCUACAGCAUGUCUCAAGCUAGCCUUAUUACACCUUGGCGGUCGUGAUGGGGGUGGCUCCAUGAGUGGUACAAAUAGUCUUGCUCCAUCUGAUGAUGAGGAUGAUCAUCAUCAUACCAGAAAUACGCGUCCAGUAUCUGGCCAGUUCCACCCUAGACAAUUGCAUCGAGUAUCUCAGGAUGCUGGAGAUGACGGUGAUGACGAACUCAGUGCGCAUCCCACAGAAGACUUGAAGCGUCGACCUCAUCACCAUUAUACCCAUCAUCAUCAUCAUCAUCAUCCGCAUCAUCACAUUCCGUCUAAUAACUAUACUACCAACCAUUACCGUCAAACAUCCUCAAAUGCUUCUUCGCAGCCCCCUCAUCACCGAAUGGCUAAUAUCCUUGGUGAUGGGGAUGACCUGUCUACUCAUUCUGAUAGCCUUGAGUCCAGUCAUCGAGAUGCCGAGUCGUCGCUCCAAAAUGGCAACAUCAAUUCUAAACCAGAUGAGGAGAGACAACAAAGUAUCUCACUAGAAGAGCAACAGAAACAAGAUCAGAGCAUCCGAGGGAGUGUAUACUGA